AUGCACGCAAUCAGGCAGAAAUGCCGUCCGAAGCAUCAGGUCCUUAUCCUCAAAUGCUAUCCGCGGACCACCAAAGGCGCUGUCGAUGUGAAGCCGAACUCCAGCGAGCUGAGCUAUCUGCUAUACUAUGCGACAACGCGACGGAGCAAGGUGCAGAAGGUGGGCGCAUUUCUGGAGAAGAAGACUGCCAGUGAUGUGUGGCGGGCACGAAUAGGAGGCGUGCAGGUUACCCUUCAGAUUCUGGCUGCUUUGAUCGAGAAGUCUCCUAGAGACCUUCCUCUAUAUGCCCCCUAUGUUCUCAAGAUUCUUAAUAUCGUCCUCCGGUCGCACGAUAUCACCAUGGUCGAGUCCUCCAUCCCGACAUUCGAAGCCUUCUGCGAACAUCACGACGGCGCGUCCCUUUCGGCAGACCAGGAAUAUUUGCACCAGUACGAAGAUGUAGUUGGUAUCUAUGCUUCGUUUGCGUCAUCAAGACCCCCACCAACAAAAGUAUCGGUCAGCGCUCCAGUAGCAAUGAGGUGGAGAAGCGCUGGAUUACAAGCUAUCAGAAGCAUUGUAUCUUCUGAAGCAUUGUCCUCGCUCGCUGGACGGCAGUUGAAUGUGGUUAUACCAUUAUUACUGGAAAAUUUAUGGACGGAUAAUGAGGAUUUCAUCGACUUGAUAGAGCACAAAGCGGGAUGGGAGGAGAUGGCAGAUACAGAAAAACUCCGCAGGCAGCCGAGCGUCGCAACUGUACAGACAUUAGACACGGCGGAUCCGAACGCCCUGACGCUUUCGGUAACUACGGCGGAUGCAGACAAAGUGGCCGAGGAAAAUAUUGGGGUGAUAGCCAUUCAGUGCUUGAAGCAGAUAUUUGUGGCCAAUAACAGGUCACAGAUACACUCGGCGACUCAGGCGACUUUGAAGUUCAUUGAGGAUCGAGUAGCUCAAAAUGAGAGUGUUAUCGAGUCCACUGCGCAAGGAGGAGAAAAUCGAGGCUGGGCUACCAGGAUUUUUGGAAUGAUUGCCAGAUGGACGCCCGUCCAGGAUCGUUAUAUUAUCUUGGUGACUGCAAUGGACUCGCUGGUUCGCAGUCAAGUUACAGACGCCAACCUACAGCAGCAACUGGUCCUGUCUACGAUGAUCGACUCGCUUCUCAAAUCGGAGGUCAACUUGAUAGGCCUCAGUGUUAUGGAUGUUCUACUAGGCUUGGUGCAGCACGUCUUGAGAUUGCUUCAAUUGGACGGAGCAACCCCUCAUUUGCAGCAGGAUAGCGGUAUAGGCGUCCCUCAACAUUCUUCCGACAACUCGUCUCACAUUGCCAGUGGUGAUGUUGCUGCAUCAGUACCGACAAAUUUGAGAAAGGAGCUUUUACUUCGACUUCAGUAUUGCAUAGGAGAUCUGGCCACCCAUGUUUAUUACACGGACCAAAUCUCAGAUAUGGUGUCCGCUAUGUUGCUAAGGUUGAAGCCAUCGCCUCUGUCCGGGGUUGCAAAUGCGGUUUCUGCCACUGAAAAUCCCGCAGCUGCCGCUGCAGCAAUCACCUCUGUGGGUGACUUAUCCGAGAACUCGGCUACGGACGGCUUCUUUUCAUUCGACACGGCGAAAAUAAGGGCCCUUGAGGCGAUCAAGUUGAUCCUGAUAGUAGCCAACAAGAAGGACAAGAUGGGUGGAGUAGGAAAUCUUGAGAGGAAUCGGGUGCCUGUCCGCGUCUGGGAAGGUACGCAGUGGCUUCUACGGGAUGCCGACGGUAGAGUUCGCAAGGCUUAUGUAGAUGCGAUCCUCACGUGGCUGGACCGAGAAGUGACGACGGCCGACCUUCGAGCUUUCGAGGAGAAGCCCAAAGGUCUCACUAAAACGAACCGGGAUGAGUCAGCCACUAAUUUGUCCAGAAGAGCUGUGUCAAAUGCCUCUCACAGAGAGAAGACUGUCAAGCCUCUACGUAUGACCUUUCUCCAAUUGCUGCAUCUGGCAGCGUACGAGAACGCCAUCCAGUUUGUUGAUAGCGAGUCUGACUUUGUCUUGCUACAUCUGUUGCUCACAAACCUUGUCGAGAACCUGGGUGUCAAUGCCGUCACGCAUGGACUACCUAUGAUCUUCCGCCUGCAGGAAGAGAUACUGGAAGCCGAGACUCCAAUGGCCAAAAUACGACUAGGUAGCUUGUGCCAUGGCUACUUCAGGACACUCAGUGAGAAGUUUGAUUUUGACACUUCGCCGAUUGGGAAGAUCAUCCACAGUGAGAUUUCACGACGCCAAAGUAAGAUGUUUUGGAUCGAAAGGAUUCGCCUUCCUCCGAUUGGUCUUGACCAGAUUGGAAUUCCUGGCGAAACAACAUCACAAGCACUUCCCAUGGAAGAAGUGGAGACCGGGUCUUUACGGCCUUUUGACGACCGCUAUCAGAUGGUUAUGCUCAUCUCACUGUCUUACGCUGCAUCUGCAGCUUCUCCACCGACAAGCCCACCUACUUCACCUGGCCGGAGUCUGGUUCACCCUAUUUCGAGCGCUUCGGGGCCCACUGGGGAAAGCGGUCCCUCUAUGCCAGACAAGAUAAAGGAUCAGAUGAUGUCUGAAUGGAGCAAAGAAACGGUAAUCGCCAUGGUUCUGGAAGGCAGUAAGACCGUCUCUCUGAACGGUUCUAAGUCGGGUACAAACAUCACUGGGCACCGCAACUUUCUGGCUGUCAACGGAAAAGUCAACUCUGGAGGGUCAAACAGCCGGUCUCCGUCUCCCUAUCGUCACAACCACCCCACUCAUCGAAGUAGACGAAACUCGACCUAUGGUCUCGUUGGCGGACUCGGGGCCUUGACGAAAAUAAGGCACGGCAGUGGACAAUCACCCGCACCCGCAAGCGAGUCAAGCCGAAACUCAAUCACGCGAGUAGACCAAUUGAAGAGAGUUCUUUCUGGCCAGCAAAACAAUAGACUCGAUACGCACGGCGUAGCUGCUAGCGAUGCAAGCAGUGAAAGCAUGGUCAGCUAUGACUUGACAGCUUCGGAGGUGUCAUUCAACCCGGGUCAGCAAAUUACGGGAUCCGCAGAGCGCUCCGAGUCGCUACCGGAAUCCAACGGAAGGUCUAGAUCCAAGUCUGAAGAUCGAGUCACUGCCAAUGGGGAACAUGAACGUCAGUCGCCAUCUCGUACUAUCCUCUCCAGACUGAGUUCUAACAUCCCUCAAGAAUCGGACGAAGAUGCCGUUCCUCCCGUACCACCUCUCCCAUCUACACUAGCCGGCGAAGGCACAGCUGUACAAGCUGUACAAGACCAUGCGUUUGUCGACUCGGUACGCAAAGGUAGAAGUAUAGGGCGCUCUACGAAAAGCAGAGGCGGUCAGAGCUACCAGACCUCUCCGUGGGGCGAUGAUACCACUUCUAUCUUGGAUCUGGAAAGCUUGUUGAACGGGAUUGAGGUUGGGGGAGGCCAGAAGGGGAUUGUUGCGAAGCCACCUUACUGA